AUGACCGCGCAAUUGAUAAGUGGACUCGAGGUGUCGAAAGGUCUUCUUGCUGAUGUAGCGGAAAAAAUCAAACGACAAAGACAGCAGAAUCCGUCGUUCAACGCGGUUCUGGCUAUCGUUCAGGAUGUCGACGGGCUGACGAGAGAGAACGCCGGUCGUCUUAUGCGGGGAGAACUUCGCCGUACAAUUUUCCCAUGCACUCCUUACGGAUGCUUGUAUCUUGUCCAAAAAGCAACAGGUGACGAGAACUACGUCAGUGGCAAAAAUGUUGUCGUGUUGGGACGUUCGAAGAUUGUUGGCGCACCAGCGGCUGCACUGUUCUUGUGGCAUCAUGGAACAGUGACCAUUUGUCAUUCGAAAACGCGCAACAUCAAGGAACAGUGCUUGAAAGCGGAUAUUCUGGUGGUGGCAAUUGGAAAGAAGCAUUUCGUGAAAGGUGAUUGGAUUAAGCCAGGUGCGGUUGUCAUCGACUGUGGCAUCAAUGUGGAGGAGGCAACCGAACCGGGAAAAAAGAACAGACUUUUCGGGGAUGUCGAGUUCGAAGAAGCAAAGAAG